AUGGCAUCUGGUGGCGAAAGACUUCUUGCUGUUACGGGCAAACGUACUUCGGGUCAGUCCGUCAGAACACAAAAUGUUAUGGCUGCAUCGGCGAUAGCUAAUAUUGUCAAGUCUUCACUUGGACCAGUUGGGCUCGACAAAAUGCUUGUGGAUGAUGUCGGAGAUGCAGUAGUGACAAACGAUGGUGCGACAAUUCUUAAACAAAUAGAAGUUGAACAUCCAGCUGCGAAGGUUCUUGUCGAAUUGGCUCAGUUACAAGAUGAGGAGGUUGGUGAUGGAACAACAUCGGUAGUUAUUGUGGCGGCAGAGUUACUCAAGUCUGCUGAUGAAUUAGUUAAGCAGCAAGUUCAUCCUACGACUGUUAUUAACGGUUAUCGCCUAGCUUGUAAAGAGUCUGUGCGUUACAUGCAGGACAAUUUGUCAUUUGGAUCACGGGAGCUGGGUCGACAUUCGAUUACUGAAGCUGCGAAGACAGCGAUGUCUUCAAAAGUCAUUGGACCAGAUGCUGACUUUUUUGCUGAUAUGGUUGUUGAGGCGGCAGAACUAAUCAAGAUAACUGAUGUUCAGGGUAAAGUUACAUACCCAGUCAAGGCUGUCAAUAUACUGAAAGCUCAUGGGAAAUCAGUACGUGAAAGUUUUCUGAUUAAGGGCUAUGCGCUCAAUUGUACUGUUGCUAGUCAAGCUAUGCCACGCAUUAUUCAAAAUGCGAAGAUUGCGUGUUUGGACUUUUCGCUUCAGAAGGUCAAAAUGCAUCUCGGAAUAUCGGUGAUAGUUGAAGACCCGAUAAAACUUGAAGCAUUUCGUCGUGAAGAAUAUGAAAUAACGAAACGAAGAAUUGAAAAAAUUUUGAAAGCUGGAGCCAAUGUAGUACUGACGACAGGUGGAAUUGAUGAUCUCUGCUUGAAGCAGUUUGUGGAAGCAGGUGCAAUGGCAGUUCGACGAUGCAAAAAGAUUGACUUGAAACGAAUUGCUAAAGCAACAGGAGCCACGUUAAUGUCAUCUUUGGCAACUCUGGAAGGCGCAGAAGCAUUCGAAUCCUCCCAGCUUGGUACAGCUGAUGAAGUAGUUCAGGAAAGAAUUUCAGAUGAUGAACUUAUUUUUAUCAAAGGACCGAGAGCGCGUACUUCGUCCUCGAUUAUACUUCGUGGACCAAACGAUGUGAUGCUUGAUGAAAUGGAGCGGUCAGUUCAUGAUGCGCUUUGUGUUGUUCAACGCGUACUUGAAAGCAAAAAAUUGGUUGUUGGUGGUGGAGCGGUAGAAGCUUCGCUGAAUGUUUAUCUUGAAGCAUUUGCUACAACUUUGUCAAGUCGUGAACAGCUUGCUGUUGCUGAAUUCGCUAAUUCAUUACUCGUUAUCCCGAAAGUGCUAGCCUCGAAUGCUGCUAAGGAUUCAACGGAAUUGGUCGCUAAGUUGCGAGCAUUUCACAAUAAAGCACAGCAAGUGAAGGAACUUGCUCAUCUGAAAUGGGCUGGUCUGGAUUUGGAAAAUGGAGAAAUUCGUGAUAACAAGGAAGCUGGCAUUCUUGAACCGCUGAUGAGUAAAGUCAAGAGCCUGAAAUUUGCGACUGAGGCCGCCAUAACAAUUCUUCGUAUUGAUGAUCUGAUUAAGUUGGAGAAACCAGUGCAGCGAAGGAAUGAUGAUGAUGACGACGAUAUGUAG